AUGAGUAAUAAUUUCAUCUAAAAAAUAACAGAAGAAGAAGAAGAAUAUCUUGAAAAUUUAGGAAUAUAUAAAAAAUUUCCAUAUUUAAAAGAAGAAAACUAAAAAUUUAACUAGUUUGCUGAGUCUUUUAUCAAAGAUUAUAAUACUGAUAGUAGAUCUGGGGAUAAUUAAAUUGAAUAUUCAAGUUAAAAUCUGAAAAAUGAUUUAGAUUUACAAAAUAAUUAAUCUAAUAGUUCGAAUGAAAUUGAAUAAACUAAAAGCCCUAAAUCUAACACAUAAUCCAAAAUGUUGAAUUCUUCACAUAAAAAUUUUGAUAGUAGAUUAGAAAAUGUUAUUUAUCAAAGUCCAUAACAAUUUUAAGAUUCAACAAAUGAUAAUAAAAAUGAAAGUGAUCAUCUUAAAAUUAGAAGUAGUCAUAAAUUAGAAACCUUUUAAGAUUCACCAUAUAAUGAAGAAAUUAAAAAGACAUCAAAAAUGAGUACAGAUUCAUAAACCUCUGAAGAAAAAAUAAAAAAAAACUUUUUUAUUAAAUUAGUAGAUAAUAUCUUAACUAGAAUCAAAAAUUUAGUCUUCCAAGAUUAUGAUUCUCAGUUUUAUGGAUUGGAUAAUUAAAAAAUAAAUUUAGAUGAGAUAAAAAAAUAAAGUGAUGGUAGAAUUACUUACAAAAAUAAAUAGGAUUUGAAAACAAUUACUUUUUUAACAUCUGGAUAUUUAACUUAGGACAUCAAAGUCUCAAUUAAUUUUUUAAGUUUAGCAAAUACUAAUAAAAUAGAUUGUUAAGACAAUUUGUUUAUUUUUUUCAGAUGGUCUGAUAGCUCAUUAUUAGAUAUUGCUAAACUUUUUGAUAAAUGCUAAAAAAAACCUUCAAUUUAUAAAUAUUAUUUUUACAGUUUGAUAAAUAAUUUUUUAAUGAAACAUUUUAGCGAUAUUACAAUAACAGCAAUUUAUUGGUUGGCAAUAGCAUUUGAAAAAUAUUUGGAGUUAUAUCCUCCCUUACUUAACGGUUUUAUUAAAGGAAUUAAAUGUAAACUUGAUAAAAUGAUUUAAAACUUUAAACAGGCUUACUAAGAGGCUAAAAAUAGUGGUGCGGUUUUAGCUAAAUGUAUAAACAAACUAAAUUUAAUGGGAAAUUUAAAUAUAGAUUUUAUAGGUCACAGUUUAGGAACUGUAGUAAUUGCCUAUGCUUUGAGGGAUUUAUCUAUUCCUGCUAGAUAUUUAAUGCUUUUUGGAGGAGCUGCAACAACACAAGAAAUUGAAGUUUAUUAGCACAAUUUUUAAAAGUGUUAUAAUUUCUAUUCUGAUCAUGACAAAGUGAUUUAAGCAUUUCUAAAAUAUGCAAAGCUGAUUGAUGAUUAAGAUUUUAUAGGAGUAAAAUCAUUUGGCUAAAUAAAAGAUAAAUUUUUCAAUUUAAAUACAAAAAUUGAUCACAUGGUUUAUAUAUUAGAAUUUGAUAAAUAUUAUAAUACUGCAAUGGCAGAAUUUAAUAAGUCUUCUAAUAGUAUAGAUCUUAUUGAGAAACCAAAUAUAAUGAAAAUAGGAUUUGGAGGAUUAUUACUUUAUUUAUUAAAAAACAAUUCUUAAAGUAAUUAAGUAUCUGUAAUUUAUAUGUUUAUUCUCUACAUAUACUAUUUGUUUAAAUGA